AUGCUGAGACUAACAUCUUACAACCCUUACCUUCUGAACCCCGACCCUAAACGUCCGAAUCCUAACCUUCGCCUUCCGAACCCCGACCCUAAACGUCCGAAUCCUAACCUUCGCCUUCUGAACCCCGACCCUAAACGUCCGAAUCCUAACCUUCGCCUUCUGAACCCCGACCCUAAACGUCCGAAUCCUAACCCUCGCCUUCUGAACCCCGACCCUAAACGUCCGAAUCCUAACCUUCGCCUUCAGAACCCCGACCCUAAACGUCCGAAUCCUAACCUUCGCCUUCAGAACCCCGACCCUAAACGUCCAAAUCCUAACCCUCGCCUUCUGAACCCCGACCCUAAACGUCCGAAUCCUAACCCUCGCCUUCUGAACCCCGACCCUAAACGUCCGAAUCCUAACCCUCGCCUUCUGAACCCUGACACUAAACGUCCGAAUCCUAACCCUCGCCUUCUGAACCCCGACCCUAAACGUCCGAAUCCUAACCCUCGCCUUCUGAACCCCGACGCUAAACGUCCGAAUCCUAACCCUCGCCUUCUGAACCCCGACCCUAAACGUCCGAAUCCUAACCCUCGCCUUCUGAACCCCGAACCUAAACGUCCGAAUCCUAACCCUCGCCUUCUGAACCCCGACCCUAAACGUCCAAAUCCUGACCUUCGCCUUCCAAACCUCGACACUAAACGUCCAAAUCCUAAACUUCGCCUUCCAAACCUCGACCCUAAACGUCCGAUUCCUGACCCUCGCUUUCCCAACCCCAACCCAAAAUGUCAGAAUCCUAACCCUCGCCUUCUGAACCCCGACCCUAAACGUCCGAAUCCUAACCCUCGCCUUCUGAACCCCGACCCUAAACGUCCGAAUCCUAACCCUCGCCUUCUGAACCCCGACCCUAAACGUCCAAAUCCUAACCCUCGCCUUCUGAACCCCGACCCUAAACAUCCGAAUCCUAACCCUCGCCUUCUGAACCCCGACCCUAAACGUCCAAAUCCUAACCUUCGCCUUCCGAACCCCGACCCUAAACGUCCGAAUCCUGACCCUCGCCUUCCAAACCUCGACCCUAAACGUCCAAAUCCUAACCUUCGCCUUCCGAACCCCGACCCUAAACGUCCGAAUCCUGACCUUCGCCUUCCGAACCCCGACCCUAAACGUCCGAAUCCUGACCCUCGCUUUCCCAACCCUAACCCAAAAUGUCAGAAUCCUAACCCUCGCCUUCUGAACCCUGACCCUAAACGUCCGAAUCCUAACCCUCGCCUUCUGAACCCCGACCCUAAACGUCCGAAUCCUAACCCUCGCCUUCUGAACCCCGACACUAAAUAUCCGAAUCCUAACCCUUGCCUUCUGAACCCUGACCCUAAACGUCCGAAUCCUGACCCUCGCUUUCCCAACCCCAACCCAAAACGUCCGAAUCCUAAUCCUCGCCUUUCCAACCCUGACCCUAAACGUCCGAAUCCUAACCCUCGCCUUCCCAACCUGGACCCUAAACGUCCGAAUCCUAACCCUUGCCUUUCCCAACCCGACCCUAAACGUCCGAAUCCUGACCCUCGCCUUCCGAAACCCAACCCUAAACGUCCAAAUCCUAACCCUCGCUUUCCCAAUCCCGAACCUAAAUGUCCGAAUCCUAACCCUCACCUUCCCAACCCCGACCUUAAACGUCCGAAUCCUAACCCUCGCCUUCCGAACCCCAACCCCAAACGUCCGAAUCCUAACCCUCACCUUCCGAACUCCGACCCUAAACAUCCGAAUCCUAACCAUUGCUUUCCAAACCCCGACCCUGAAUGUCCAAAUCUUAACCCUCACCUUCCGAACCCCGACCCUAAAUGUCCGAAUCCGAACCCCGAUCCUAAACGUCCGAAUCCUAACCCCAACACCGAAACGUCCGAAUCCUAA